AUGGUUGACUUCUUUCUCCUUAAUGAAAGGGCCUUCACUGGAAACUGCAUGCACGUGGUUUUGAUUGGUGGCUACAAAGAUAAAAUUUUUAGUCCCCAACCAGGGAUGGCUGAUGUCGAUAGGGAUAACAUAGCGAAGGGGGUUGAAAAGCCUCCACUGCGGGGGGCGGAUAAUGCUGUGCUAACAAACAUUGUGUCCCAAGGGCUCAUUACAUUUUGUAUCCUAAUAGUAUAUAUCAUUUUCAGGAAAAGAGCAAAGUGGCUCUACUCGCCAAACGUUAAGGAUAGGCCUUCCCAUCCCUGCUACAACUACGCAGGGUUUCUGAGCUGGAUUAUUCCAGUUGUGACGGUAAGUGACACGGUCCUUCUAUCGAUCAUAGGCCUGGAUGCAUUCAUGAUGUUGCAAACAUUGAAGAUGCUUUACAGAAUUCUCUUCAUCUUAUCAUUCUUUGUUAUUCCAUCGCUAGGAUACUUGUUUUGGACAAACCAACGGGAAAAUUAG